AAGUGUGAAUUUGAAUGAAUUUGUAAAAAGUUGAUUAAUCAUACAUUAUGUACAUGGGCAGUUCGAUAAAUGUCAGUAAUUUUUAAAAAAAAAGACUAUGUUGAAAAAUCAAUCAAAUUUGGGUAAAAAGGCAGUCAUAUAUGUAGUCAUAUGGGCAGCCAUGAGCCAUCAAAAUAAAUCCCCAUCUCCGGCAGCGGGGGCUGUCUGGAAAAUGGUGCGCUCUGAUUGGUCGGUGACGUGAGAGUGGGGGUAACGAGAUAAUUAAAUGGCGCGUUUUGAUUGGCUCGGUCCAUAGCUGCCCACACGCUGAUUGGCUCUGUCCAUAGUCAUCUACGCAAUGACUGAAAAAGGGUGAGGCGUCGGCAGGAAUAAAUACUGUGACAAAAUGGUGGAUGGGAAAAUCGAGGAAAAUUGUUGAGAAAUUUGUUCAUUACGGAAGGGGAGGAAGGAAAGUACGGUCAACGGAUAUGAAGUACACAGUUUCUGUUCUGUAGGUCAUUUUUUUUUGCUGCAAUGUCUCCUGCUGAUGUUUUAAUGAAAGGGUUUUUUUUCUUAUUAUUUAUGACGAGGAUUUUUAUGAGAAUUUUCGGGAGACUCUUGCUUCCUCUAGAGAGAAAGGGGAGACAAAACAGAAAUGAACAAAUUCAUGCUGGUACGCGUUGUCAUAAUCGGUGUGGUGGUUUAUUCGUUUUUAGAGAAUAAAUUUCUUAAAAACAGACAGCGGGAAUUUUUCAAUUCAAUUUAAAAAUCAGAAACACGAUAUAUUUCGCAAAAAAAAACACAUGGAAGCAUGAAGGAAAAAUAUCAUGACAGAAAAGUCGAACCAAAGCGGGGACAAACAAGCGACAGGCAAGGAGAAAAAAGAUCUUCCAAAAUUCAUCCCGUCAUAUCAUUGACGGAUAGAAAUAAAACUAACACUAGCAUUUUGCAAAUUUUGAGAACUCUACAACACACAUGCCGGCAAAAGAGUGUCCGACAUGCAGUCUAUCCUGUCGACCAACUACCGAGGGUGUGGACGAAAUCGAUUACCAUUGUCGCUAACACAGACAAUCACGAUCGACAUGGCCAGCACUGGGUCGCCUUCUACAUCGACGAAUACAUACAUAUUUCGAUAGCUACGUUUUGCUACCCUUGGACUCAAGAUUCCUCUUACGACUUCGCCGAAACUUCACCAAGUAUUGCUAGAAUACGACGACGGUGCAAGGAAUACUUUCUCAAACUUGGAGUCAAUACUGCUGUGUAUUUCUAUAUUUUAUGUGUAAUUGUUAUAAUCUUAGCCAGUUUCUCAGUCUGUUUACCUCUGAUUCGAAACGUAAUGAUCGAUUGAUCAUACAGUUAUUUCAUAAAUUUUUCUUCGUUGUAAACAUAAAAAAAUAAAUUCUCAUGCUGCAUGCCGUCAUGUUCAAUCGUCUUUUAAAAAAUAAAAUAUAAAAUAAAUAUUUUAUAUUAAUAUCACUUUUUUUCUUUUUAAAAUAAACAUUUUUGAUUAUGUAAAUUCCGUCUGUUUCUUACUUCUAAUCUCGUCCCCUUUUACACUCGUCACCUUUUUCUCACGGAGUUUGUUUUGACGGCCCAUAUACUACUAAUAUAUAAGAAUUAUUAAUUUAUCAAACUAUAUCAAAUGAAAAUAAAUUUUAUAAUAGACAAAACCGGAAACACUAUUUAUUUUAUCUUAGUAAUCUGAUUAAAAUCAUUCGCAGAUUCAGAAUGCCCAAGA